AUGGCGCAUAUAAGGGAAAAGCGCAGGGAGAUGUCACAAAAAGAAGAAGAGAAUUCGAAGAUUCUGCUCAAAGAAAGGUUUUUUUCGAGUGGUAGAACAUUCGCUCACUGCAUUUCAGGUACGAUCUUCUGAAAUGGUCACCCAACGUGGAAAUGCGAACUCCGAAUCUGAUGAUCCCUGUGCAAAUUGCCAAUUAUGUGGAAUCCCUGCCCUUCUGCAAACUGGCAGUUUCACCGUUUGUUUUGAAUUCGGUUAUUUCUUGUCGGACAUACAAAGUGAUUCAGUAAAUGCGAUCGCGUUGCUUUGAUGAGCUACGCUCGGCAACUGGAUAUUUAUCAGAUGAGCGGAGAAAUUCUGGAGCACGAGUCGAGUGUUCAAGUGCUCGAAGAGACAUCUCCCGAAUACUGUCUUCUGCAGUUCUCCUCAUCGGGCACUCUUCUUCUUUCCUCCAGAAGUACGCCACACAUCGAUGUGUUCGAUAACAUGGGAGCAUAUUGCUAUGACAUUCCAUUAGUGAGUAAUCUGAAGUUUGAGAACAAAACAAAUGAAAACUUGAAUUCAGGAAGCGCAUGAGGGAAUUUUCGACGUGAACACGGCAGUGUGCGGAAUGCAGACACUUCCGAAUAACUCAAGUUCAUCAAGCGAUAAAUUCAGCGAGAUUCUCUACGUUCUUCAGUAUUCUGGCGUCUUCUCAGCAUUCAAAAUAGGCCUCCUUUCCAAAUACACUAGAAUGUGGUCUGUCCAAUUGGACAUCGGGCAAACAGGUUCUUUCCUGGUGCUCCCCCAAUACAGCCUGCUUCUGGUGGCCGCUCAUCACAAAGAAUCCAAGUCAGUGACUCCUCCCGCGGGGUUGUGCUCUUUCCGGAUGAUGGACAUGGAUCCGUACGUUGAGCCGAUCCGAAUAUCCACUCCUGAAGGUAUGCUCUGCAUUUUGCAAGUGCAUCUGAUCGUUCAAAGAGUUUUCAGGAGGCAUCUGGUCCCGUUUUCCGUUCUCCGCCUCCUCCAUGUGCUACCUUCCGAAGCUCUCGCUCUCCUUCGAUUCGCAGCUUCUUGUCUCGGUUGCCACUUCCGGAUCCCUUUAUCUUUUCGAAAUUCCCUCCCUCCGUAUCCGGUUUUCAUUCUCUUACAUCAGCGGACCUCGUCCAGUGGAGGCUUGCUUCGUGGAUAUAGAUGUCGGUUUUUUUUAUUUGUUCUUCUCUGAAAAUGAGUGUUUUUCAGGACAUGGCUGUUCUUUAUGAUAAUGGAUAUCUUCUUCGAUGCACUUUGGAAGAUCUAAAGGAGAGAAUGUACACGAUGAAAACCAAGACUAAAAUUCAACAAGGUACAUUUGAUAUAGUUACGUGUCAGUCAUUGUAUUUCCAGAAGAGACCGACCAGAAGGACAUCUACAACGAGCACUCGUUCAUGAUCUCUCCAGCCCGACGUGAAAUCUUUCUUCUCACCGCAGACGGCGACAAUUCGGUGCUCCGAGAGGCCGCCCAUAAACGUGUUCAACUCGCCGGACAGCUCUGGUUCUACACUGUCUGGAAUUCGUUCAAAAAACUGCUCGGGAUGGCGAUGGGCGAGCCGGCGGAGCAGCUGAUGAUGGCCACGCACAUGGCCAAAUUCGAGUUUGCGCUCAUUCAUUCGCCGACGAGAACUCUUCAGGAGCUAUUCGAUCGGACAUUAGUGGAGCAUGACUAUGCGAGAGCCCGCGAACUGGCGGAGACCUACGAAACCAUCGACAUCGACGUUGUGCUCAAGUCGGAAUGGGCUGAUAAAUGCGCGAAAAACAAGCUAAGCGUUGAAGACGUCACGGACAUUCUACACAGGAUCGGAGACUCCGAAUGGGUGGCUGCUCAGUGUGCGAACGCAGACAGCGACGACCUUGAGGUGCACAGAGCACUUAUUGAUCUGGGGUUGUCGCUCGGAGAAUCGAGUAUCACUUGGCAGAUCCGUUUGUUGCAUCACUUGAGAAUUCUGAAAGUAUGCGGGAUAAAAGGAGACGUUGACGCGUACAUGGUCGCGAGGAAACAGAGCUGUUUGGAAGCGGCACUUCAUUUUGCACAUGUAAUCGGCAAUUUCCAUAUAUUUUUUCUUGAAAACAUCAUAUUUUUUAGAUCGCCGAUAUUGAUUCAUUAGAGCAAAUAAUCGAGUCGAACAUUGAAGUGAUGAGGAAGCAUCAGAAGAGGAUUCUCUCCGCCAUUCCCUCGUGCACAUCGCCCACCAAAUACGAAAGAUUAAUGCCGAUGCUGAAUGAAGACGGAAAAGAAGUGCAGUGGGAAUUAGAGGAGAAACAUGAUGGAAUAUUCGAGCGUCUGCAUCAGAUUCUGAUCGACCAUCCCGAUGCGGAACAUUUGGUUCGCAAUGUGAACGUCGGAAACAUUGCUGAUGAGGAGGAGUUCGAUUUUGCCGCUUGGGUCAGAGAAACACUUUUGAGAAUUGACUUCGAGUGUGGAAUUACUGAAAACUGCGUCAAUUUGCUAAUCAUAGCCAAGGAACGGGGCUACGAUGAACUGAUCCACGACUUUGGAAUGUGGGAGCGUUACGCGCAGUACAUCAGAAUUUGCUCGUCAGUCAGCGAGAGCAUCACCUCGUUCCAAGACUCCAGCCUCAAAUCGUUCACCGACCGCUUCGCCCAUUUGCUGGAAGCUGAGCUCACUGAGAACGCUGGAGACGUCGUCGGGCUUAUCGAUUGGAAAGUGAAUCAAACGGAAAGCGAACAAAGUGUAGAGGAACGAAUUCGUGAAUCGGUCACCUCUUUGCUGAAACAGACGAAUGAACGGACGACGCGAGUGCUGGUGGCAUUCCGAGAAGAAAGGCCCGACGUUGUGGACGACCACGUCAUUCUGGAAGUCCUUCUGAGCAUGACUUCAACCGGAGCAGAUCUUAUGAAGUCUCUUGGAGACUUGCCUGUGCAGAAGUACUCAAAUGUCACGUCGUCUCUGGGUUCACUAAUGUCGAGAGGAGUCGAGAUGACGUUCAAGGCAAUCUUUGAGAGCAUGCGAGAACCGUAAGUCAAUAGAUUAUAGGAGGGAAAUGAAUUGGUUCGCUUCAGAGAUGGCGCGAAAAGAGUUCUCAUAAAGCUGUCGAGAUGCGGAAACUGUAGAACUGUAGAGGAUUGGACAAGUCUGCGAGACGAUGUUUAUGAUAUGGCCAAAGGGUAAUAGCAAGUUCUCAAAGGCUUUCUCAAAGUUUUUAUUCAGAAUUUACGGAGGCUUGGUGACGACAGAAGAAGCUCUGGAACUGUUCGCGAGAGAUAUGCUCGAAGACGAACGGAUAGGUAGCCAUCCAGAGCUGAUGCAUCUCGUGCUCACGCUCAAACCGGAUGAGCAGCAUGUGCAAAACGAGAAGAAGCUCGGGAUGGCGAGAAGUGCGGACGUGCUUCUUGAAAAGAGUGAUGAAUUGAUGGCGCAAGCGACGCAGCGGAACGAUCCUCUUCUCGGAAAAGCACGCUUCUUCGCAGUAGCCGCACGCCCCAUAUCGCCAAAAAAAGCGAAGGAGAAGCUGGAAUGGCUGGAUGCGAUAGAGGCGGCCUACGAACUGGGUUGUACGAAGCCGGCAAUCACAAUCAAGUGAGCGCCUCAUCGGCAAAGGAAAAAUGAAUAAUGUUUUCCAGACUUACCGAUCAUGACACCCUUUUACGAGAUAUUGUCAGCAUUGGUUCCAAUUACAAACAGGCGAAGAAGAUUCUGAGUUUCGCCAAGCAGUUGAACAUAGAUACGCCCGUUGCAACGGCAAUUUCCUACUGUGCUCUCGCUGCUCUCAACGCAGAAGACGACGUUUAUCUGAGCAAAUACAUCGGAGAAGUGAUGAAGGCGAAGAACGUUCCGGUCGUCCAUCAGCUGUGCAUGAAGAUAAUGUCGUCUUCAUGCAAAUUCACCGACGACAUUAUGGAGGAUGUUUACGCGUGUGCGAUGCUCAACGCGUGCGACGAAAAUCGCGUGGCAACUGUAGAUGCGGUUGCAGAAAGUGAGAAACGGUUGAACGAGAAGCGACGGCAGAGGGAAAUGCGAUUAGAAGACGUGCCCGUUUCGGAGAACGUCGUCGGAGACCCGAUGUACACUCCUAUGCGGUUUUACAACACGAGAAAUGAGAUCAGUGGGGAUGUGAAGCAGAAGUUGACUUUCUUCGAAAAUAAUUGUAAAAGAGACGAUGACCAGCUAGUGAGGUGUUAAAUGCUCGCUCCAUUUAUCAAUGUUUUGUUCAGAUAAAGCGUCUGUACGCUCACGAAUCGUCCACGCUCGCUCUAUGUUUGUCUCUGUUUCGUCCAGACGAGAAUCAGGAAAGUCAGGAGCUGAGUUGGACCAGGAAUGACAAGAUAAGACGAUACGAACGUGGAUUGCGAUUCCUCGAAGACCGAAUCCCACUGCCACUGCUCGUCACCGCUCCUGCCUCCAACAUCAUUUUAGAAGCGAACAAGAAUGACACGUCGGUUACUGCAAUUGACCGAAUUGAAGAUUACGGUAGGAUUAGAAUAUCGGACGUUUUUUUCUGUGAAAUGCAUAUAUUUAAGGUUGUGAUCGAAGAAGAUUCAUGGGCGAUGCGGAAUACCGAGCGGAAACUAUCAUAGGUUUAGCGGGAACCACAAUCGACAAAGUGUUCGAGGAUGCACUAGAGUUGGCGAACACGUACAAAGUGGACGAGUGGCAGUUGCACAUGGCAUCCGUCGAAUACCUUUUCGAUCCGAUGUACGAAGUGCCAAUGGCAGAAGUAAAACGGUGCAUGUCAAUUAGAAAACAUCUGUCGAAACUGCGAACUCGAAUCGAUGAAUUCCACGCUCGCCUUCGGACAAUGGUUUUGCCGUCACUGGAGAAAAACGAGUAUUUCAUCGCAUACACUUCCCUGUUCGCUGACACGGAGCCAGAGAAGAAGGUGGCUCCGACAAUCAAGAAGAUUUUGGAAAAGAAGAAAAACGUGGAGGCGUUGAAGAUUUGGAAUGACCCGAAAUAUUUGUCCGAAUUGCUGGCAGAGCUUCCUGAAAAGCCACUCCUAUCCUUCAUCUCAUCGUUCCUCCUGAUCCCAAAAGUCGGAGCGAAAGGAUGCGAGAGAGCCGCCGAGAUACUGCUCGAGAGGAACGCCAAUCCGUACACUGUCUUCCUUCUGAUGCAAAGCAGCGUCGAAGAGUUUCUCGACCUGGUUUCCAACAAAAAAUCGGUCAGUUUCGAUUGGGAACUAUCAAUUUUAACCGUUUCAUUUGCAGAGAGACGACGAGGUCGCCUACCUCGAUCAGGCAGUGGUAAUCCUUGAAAGCAAUCCGAAUGCCCCGGUGAAUCUUAGAGACGCUGUGCGGGAUCGAGCUGAAAGAAUGCACCGAGCUUCCGUAACCCCGGAGCCAGCCGCUGCCGCGAAUGGCUUUGGCUCCUCCUUAUUCCCGUCGCUCUCUGAAGAUUCCAGCGGCAUGAUGAAACGAAGGAAAAACUAA